AUGGCCUCUGCCGGCCAAGCACUCAACGAUAGCCAGAAAGCCUCAGAAAGGACGCACUUCGUGCUGAUUCCGCUGAUGGCACAGGGCCACACCAUCCCCAUGAUCGACAUGGCACACCUGCUAGCCGAGCAUGGUGCGCAGGUUAGCUUCAUCACCACACCGGUGAACGCCACCAGGAUGGCAGGGUUCAUCAACCAUGCGCUGGCAACAGGCCUCACAAUCCAGUUCGUCAAGCUCAACUUCCCCGCUGUUGAGUUUGGCCUGCCUAACGGAUGCGAGAAUGCCGACAUGAUCCAGUCCAGAGAUCUGUUCAAGAAUUUCAUGGAGGCCUGCGCAGCACUUCGGGAGCCACUUACAGCAUACCUCCGUCAGCAACACCCAUCUCCAAGCUGCAUCAUAUCUGACAUGUCACACUGGUGGACUGCUGACAUCGCAAGGGAGUUUGGUAUCCCAAGGCUCACGUUUAAUGGCUUCUGCACCUUCGCGUCCCUUGUCAGGUACAUCAUUGUCCACGACAACUUAUUGGAACACGUUGAAGAUGAGAACGAGCUCAUUAACUUCCCAGGAUUCCCUACGCCGCUUCAGUUGACAAAGGAAAAAUGCCCUGGAAGCCUAUCUGUUUAUGGUCUUGAGCAAAUCCGUAAAAACAUCUAUGAGGAGGAGAUAAGAUCCAGUGGAGUUGUCAUGAACAGCUUCCAAGAGCUGGAGGCUUUGUACAUCGAGUCCUUUGAACAGAUUACAGGAAAGAAGGUCUGGACUUUGGGGCCAAUGUGUCUGUGCAACCAGGACAUAAAUGCAAUGGCUGCAAGGGGAAACAAGGCCUCAAUGGAUGAGGCACAGUGCUUGCGAUGGCUUGAUUUGAUGAAGCCAGGUUCAGUGACCUUUGUCAGCUUCGGCAGCCUUGCCUGUACUGCACCUCGACAGCUUGUUGAGCUGGGACUAGGACUGGAAGCUUCCAAGAAGCCAUUUGUCUGGGUGAUUAAAGCAGGAGAUAAGUUUCCACAAGUUGAGGAAUGGCUCGCAGAGGGUUUCGAAGAACGAGUGAAGGACAGAGGCUUGAUCAUAAGGGGCUGGGCGCCACAGGUAUUGAUCCUGUGGCACAAGGCCAUCGGAGGUUUCAUGACACACUGUGGGUGGAACUCAACAAUAGAGGGCAUCUGCGCAGGCAUACCCAUGAUCACAUGGCCACACUUUGCAGAGCAGUUUGUGAAUGAGAGGUUGGUGGUGGAUGUGCUGAAAACUGGGGUGGAGGUUGGAGUGAAAGCAGUGACACAAUGGGGGCAAGAACAAACGGAGGUUACAGUGACAAGGGAUGCUGUGGAGAAAGCAGUUUCCAAGUUGAUGGAUGACGGGGAGGCUGCAGAGGAGAUGAGGAUGAAAGCGAAAGAAUUUGGUGUUAAAGCAAGGAAGGCUUUGGAAGAGGGUGGAUCCUCAUAUAACAAUAUAAAUCUAUUGAUUCAAGAAAUGGGAAACCAGGCAAAUGCAUCUGGCUGAUAUAGAAAGGAUGAAGUUUUUUUCCCUCCUGGAUGCAAACAUAAAGCGUAAGACAAUACAAAAGUUCAAUCAUUAUAAAUGGUUUUUCAGAUUAACCAAUAUUCUGAAUCAGGCAGACUAUCUAGUGAUAAGAUCAAACUCUUAAGUUACUGCACAAUUUGUUAUGCACAUAGUUGCUUAGUUUCAUAGCAAUCAGCAUAUUAUGAUGAUUCGUUAUCCUUUAAAAUA